UUUUAUUUAGAUUUCUCUUUUUUGGUCGUACGUUGACACUUUGUCCACUGUCCAGUAUAUGAAUGGUUUUUGAUCCUCGGCUCCAUCUCAGUCAUUUGCUUUGCUAACGUCUGAAUUUUGUCGUGUCAAAAAGGUUGAUUUUGUGGAGAGUCUAAAAAUGUUCCACUGCUCUUCAGGGCGGUGAGAUCGUCCACACAAUUUAAAUCAUUUUGACACAUUUCUAGGGAAGUGUUUUUUGUGUGAUUGGUGAAGGAAUUUCCUGAAAAUCAGUGUGUGUGUUAGAAAGUGUGUGUGUGUGUGUGAGUGUGAGAACGUCUCCUUCAGUUUGAAAGCGUUGCCAUGGCUCCAUCACAGAUCUGUUCAGAAAUCCACUUCAGAGAGUUGGUUAUGUGUCAAAACAUCCCAGUGUGUGUUUGUUCAUUUUUCUAAUCUGUAUAAUCUUUGUUCAGGUCAGAUAUCAACGUUGUUCAGGCGGAAUGAAUUAUUUACUUUUAUGAAAUUUUAAACAACAAAUAAAAUGAAGCAACUAUUUGUACAACUUGUUGAAGGUACUUUUUGAUGCUUCCUCCAUCUUCUCCGUAGGUCCAGGGUUUUGGUUUUUAACUCCAAAAUUAACAUUUUAUAGAAUCACACCGUCGUCAAUGGAACCGAGAAUUACAUUCAGAUUUCUGUCUUAUUUAAUCCUGCAUUUUUAUAUGAAUGUUUUAUGAUAAGUUCUUGCCAUAAAUCAAACCAACACGGUGAUGGUGAAGUUGUUUGUGCCUUUACCCUGCAGCAAGGAGAUCACCGGUUCAAUUCCCUUGGUAACUGUUUUGGGGAUGAAGAUGUUUGUGUGUAAGAAAAACAACCACAGUCUGAAUGUCAUGUCUGUAAUGAGCCAGAUUACAUCACUGACGUCCAGUUGAGGACCAGAUAUACAUGGGUCAAUAGUAGUCCACAAGCCAGAGUUUGAGACCCCUGCUCUAAAGUGACCAUAGGUGUGAAUAUUUAUGUGUCUCUGUGUGUUGCCUUGUAAUGGACAGUGUGUCCAGGCUGACCUCCGCCCCCUUCCUGUGACCCUGAGAAGAACAGAAAGAAGAAAAAAUACAAGAAUGUAAGGAUAGGGUCGCAUCCCUGCACCAGAGUGAGCCUACAAAUACGAACUGUCAUAGAUCCAAAAACUGAGAUGAUUUUUUGGUGUUUUUGUUUUUACAGGAGCUGAAGAAGAACCAGGACACUGCACUCGUUCUGAACACCACACCUAGGUUUAAGGUUUUUACACUCUUUUCUGCUGUGUUUUCUCUCUGUUAUUGUUCUGUGGUGAUUUAGUUCAAAACCAGUCGAAUUGAUUUAUCAUCACAGUCUGUUCAUAUAUUUUUAUCCCACAGUCCUUGAAGUGUGAGGGAACACACACACACACACACACCUGCAUCACCUUUGGGUGAUUGCUGCUGCACCACCCUGACACACCUGCAGCUUCUUCUGUCACUCUCCUGAUCACGGCCGUGUGCUGUGAAAACACCGUCUGACGCUUCUGUGUUUCAGGAGAGAAACACUCUGUGGCCCCGGAGUCAUGGCAGAACCAGAGCCAGAGCCAGAGCCUGACGUACCAACCUUUCAGUUCAGUCGGAUAAUGGACGUCUUCCUGCCACAAACACAAACCACAGAGACUGAAGAACGAGGCUGGUCUGAGCUUCCUGCCCAGGAGGACGACGGCUCUCCACACCGGCCGCAGAGUGACGGUUUCCCUCAGUUUGAUAUAUCUGCUGCCCUGAUGUCGGUGGCUUUAAAACAAACGUGGACUCCGGAGAAAAGGUUCUCAGCCUCGGAGCCCAAUGAAGACCAGUCUUUUUCCUCGUUUGACGACCAGGAUAAAGAUGCUAACGGGGAAGAAGAUCCUGAUAAGGAAGUUCUGGGAGUCACAUUCCAGUCGAAGUUCAUGCAUAUUUUCCCUCUGUAUCAGGACUACUGUCUGCAGGCGGUGAGGAAAGAUCUGCUCAGAUUUGACAAGACGUUUCUGUCGGAGCUGAUCUCGCCUGAGUUCCUGCAGAGUGUCCAGUCCUGCCUCAGUCCCAGCGGUCCACCUGAGGUCUCACAGCCACUGCUGCGGUCUGCUGAGGUGACCUGCCCCUCACCUUUAGCCCAACCUAUCAGAGUGACUCCAUGCACACUCUGGCACCAGCUGGACGAGGUGAAGGCGUCGGGGCUGAUCGGCAGCUUGACCAGCAGAGAGAUUCACCUGCAGGAGUCGAUGUUUGAGCUCAUCGGCUCUGAGGCGUCUUACUUGAGGAGCCUCGGCGUCGCCGUCGAUCACUUUUAUGCGUCGAAGGCCCUGAGGCGGACCCUGCCCCGGAUGGAGCACCACAUUUUAUUUUCCAACAUCCGUCCAAUCAGAGCAGCCAGUGAGAAGUUCCUCGUGGACCUGGAGCUGCGGCUGGGACAGAGUGUGUUGAUAUCCCAGGUUGGAGACAUCGUUCUCCAGCACUGCCCCGAGUUCCACAGUCUCUACGUGCCAUAUGUGACCAACAUGAUGUACCAGGAGGCCCUGGUUAACCAGCUGCUGCAGCAAAACAAAGACUUUGUGUGUUCACUGAAGAAGCUGGAGAGCGACCCGCUGUGUCAGCGGCAGAACCUGAAGUCGUUCCUUGUCCUUCCCUUCCAGAGAAUCACGCGUAUGAAACUUCUCCUGGAGAACGUUCUGAAGCUGAACGAACCGGAAUCUGAGUCGGUGUCCAACCUGGAAAAAGCCAUCCAGGCCAUCCAUGAGAUUGUGACGGAGUGUAACAACGGCGUUAGGAAAAUGAAACGGAUCGAGGAGCUGGUGUCCCUGGAAACGCUCCUGGACUUUGAUAAAGUGAAGUCCAUUCCUCUGGUUGCAAGCAGGCGUUUCCUGGUGCAUCAUGGUCCUCUGACACAGGUCACUGUAGAGGGCGCUCACAGCUCCAGGCCCACGUUCACCAGUGUCCACCUGCACCUAUUCAACGACCUCCUGAUCAUCUCCUGUAAAAGGGACCAGCGGUUUCUGGUUACAGAUCACGCAGAGUUCCCCCGACACGUUCGCACCGAGCGUCUCAAGAGCGAGAUUUUGGGAUUACCUGCGAACUCCUUUCUGCUGCACCUGUCACAGAGUCAAACCGGACACCCCACUGCCAUGAUUUUUGUCACGCACACAAAGUCAGAAAAUGACACCUGGUUGAAGAUGUUGUCAAACACACACUGAUGGAAAAACAGUUUUUACUUCACUGCACUUUAAUCCUUUUAACUGACACGGUUGGUGAUUAGUUCAACUGCACUUCAGUUUCCUGCAGUGACUGUUUUUACACUGCAGCUCCAGACUCACUACAGACUCACGGUUCAGGGAAACGUUUUAGUCGAGUAAAUACUUUUGAUUUAUUAGUAUUUUUGGCUUGUUUUUUAUUUAUUUUUAUUAAAAAAAGUUUUUCCUUUAAUACAACUCAACAUGAAAAUGUGUUUUUUUAAUUAUUUUUUUUAGAAAAUUUGAUUCUUAUUUUUAUUACAG